AAGGAUAACUAAUUGGAAGAAGAAAAAAAUAGAUCCAAACAAGUGGAGGUGGAAGUUGUGGGUCUAAGUCUUAUCUGAUGGUGUGGCUUUUCAAAUAUUGAGUAAGAGAUGCUGUCGAGGAAGGUAGGGGACAAGGACAACAAUUCUUUUAUAGUAUUUGAGUCAGCAGAGAAAAGAAAUGACACGUGAGCUGUGUCGGUGCAUUUAAACAGUGACAUCCAAUCUAACGUAAUGUCUUGAUAUGUGUGUGUGUGUGUGUAUAUAAGAAAGGAGGGGUCUUUGAGUUCUAGGGUGGAGCAGCCAUGGGAGAAGAGUUCAAGCACUUGGUGCUCGUAAAGUUUAAGGAAGGGGCAGCGGUGGAAGAGAUUCUCAAAGGCAUGGAGAACCUCGUCUCUGAAGUCGAAGCUGUCAAAUCCUUUGAGUGGGGACAGGAAAUGGAGGGACCAGAGAUGCUUACACAGGGAUUCACGCAUGCCUUCUUGAUGACAUUUGAAAACAAGGAGGCUCAUACUGCGUUCGUGGGACAUCCCAAGCAUGUUGAAUUCUCUGCGACAUUCUCAGCAGCCAUUGACAAGAUUGUGGUGCUUGAUUUCCCAGCUAUCCGCGCCAAACCACCUCUACCGGCUUGAAUAUCAGCCAGUGCCUCUUUGUGUUGGAAAUGUAAAACCCCUACAUGAUGAGUAUUUUUAUAAUAGUACUACUGUUUGUUUUCCAACAAA